AUGAGAGAACAUCAAAAAGAUACUGAAAAUGUAAAUGAGGGAGAGCAUUUGAAGGAGCCAAUUACAGAUAAUGGGAAGAGACCAAAAGCUGCUGCUAGUGAUCAAGCUGCUGAUGAUAAUGAUUGGGCUGAAAAAGCUCUUGAUGAUGAUGACAAUAGGAGCAUUAACAGUUUUGAGGAUAAGGAUGAAAGAGUGAGAUGUCCAAAGUUUAAUGAGAAGAUUGGCAUGAGUAACCCACAGUUAUGCAAGGGUAUGAAGCUCCUAAAUGGGAAGGUGUUUAGGGCUACCUUGGGGGAAUAUGCAUUGCAAAAGCCUGUGGACAUUAAGUUCAAGCUUAAUGAAAAUACCAAAUUUUCUGUCCACUGGAAGUUAACCUUCCAGAUAAAGACCAUGGUUCCAACUUAUACAUGUGGGAGGACAUUCAAGCAUAACCAGGUCACUUCUACAUAUGUGGCUAGGAAGUACUUGGAUGAUUUCAACAAAAUCCCUAAUUGGGCAAUUUUUGGUGUGAAGCAUCGAGUUAUGCAAGAUGUGUCCAUGGACUUGAGUAUAAAUCAAGUGUACAAAGUUAAGAGGAAAGCUAGAGAGUUCAUAGUAGGUGAUGAAAGGUUGCAGUAUAGGAAGCUUAGGGAUUAUGCUGAGAUGAUAAGAGUAACUGAUGUGAGGAGUAAGGUGAUUCUACAAACUGAGAUUACUGAGCCUAACACACAACCCAAGUUCAAGAGGAUAUAUUUAAACUUCAAGUGUCUAGAAUUGAAGGCUGCAUUAUGGAGGUGUGUUGCAGCAACAACAGUUAGGGAGUUUGAGAAGAGAAUGCAAGAUAUGAAGGAUAAGCCUAUCAUUGUCAUGCUAGAAUACAUUAAGGUUAGGUUGAUGACUAGAAUGUACAAUGAGAGGACUAGGAUUGAAAAAUUCACUAGUGACAUAUGUCUAACCAUAGAGCAAAAGCUUGAGCAGUUGAAAGUUGAUUCUAAGUCAUUUUCUGUUGUUCCAUUAGGUUGCUAUAUAUAUGAGGUUGAUAAUGAGUAUGAGAGGCAUGUGGUUAACCUUACAAGAAAGUGUUGUACUUGUAGAGUUUGGGAUUUGACAGGAAUCCCAUGUAAACAUGGUGUUGCAACAAUUUAUAAGAACCUGGAGAGGCCUGAGGAUUAUGUGUAUGCAUGCUAUAGAAACGAUGCCUGUGUGGCUGCAUAUAAGGAGAUGAUUAUCCCAUUGCCUGGCCAAGAUGAAUGGGUUGAAACCAACCAACCUGCCCCUGUUGCUCCAAUUGUGUACAAGCCUGCAGGAUUAGCAUUUCGUGGCCAUGAUGAAUCUAAAGACUCCAAUAUUCAAGGAAAUUUUCUUGAAUUAUUACGGUUUCUUGCAAAUCACAAUGAAGAAAUUGAUAAGGCAGUCCUUGAAAAUGCUCCUAAAAAUCAUCAAAUGACCUUUCCUGAUAUCCAAAAAGAAAUAGCAAAUGUUGUAGCCAUUGAGACAAUAAAUGCUAUUAUAAAAGAUAUUGGAGACUUAUUAUUUGCUAUUAUAGUUGAUGAAUCACGUGAUAUGUCUACUAAAGAACAAUUGGCAAUUGCUUUGCGCUAUGUGGACAAAUUGGGACAUGUGAAUAAGUGCUUUUUAGGCAUUACACAUGUUAAUAAUACAUCAGCAGUGACACUAAAGAGUGCAAUUGAGGAAGUAUUUAAUAAACGUAGCUUAAGCGUUAGUAGAUUGUUGGGACAAGGCUACGAUGGGAAAAGCAACAUGCGAGGGGAUAGUAUGCAAGGCAAGGAUAAGGAUAAGGGCAACGACAGAGGCAAGGGUAAAGGCAAGGGCAAGGUCUUUGGGAAAUAA